AUGAGGUUGAUCAGAUUGGCUCUAUUUGCUCCUCUGGUGGCGGCUUCGCCCUUUGGAGUAAACCGCGCAUCGACCCCACGAGACGGAGGUAUCAGCUACGAUGGCUACCACAUCUACAGCAUCACUCCAUAUUCUCCUCUUAACGCUCAAGAUUUAGCGAAACGCUUCUCUCGAUACCAUACGCAUCCGAUUCGAGACACUUUGUCCGUGGCCAUCCCCCCGGACGAGGUCGCUGACUUCGAAAACCUUGGACUGAACACACGCCUCGUGAACUCUGACUUGGGUGCUUCCAUCCGAUCCAUUGAUAGCAAGCCUGCUCCAUACAAACGAGCAUUGCACAAACGUGGAGAGCUGCCUGAUCUCUCUUGGUACCUCAGCUACCAUACCUACGCAGACCAUCUGGACUACUGGGACGACCUAGUAAGCGCGUUUCCAAAGAACUCGGAAAAGUUCUCAUUAGGAAAGAGCUACGAGAACAGGACCAUCAAUGCAUACCAUCUAUUCGGAGACAAGAAGAAGGGUGGUUAUGGGCCGAAGACGAAAGACGUACGGCAGAAACCUGUCAUCCUAUGGCAUGCGACUGUGCACGCUCGGGAGUGGAUCUCAACAAUGGUAAUCGAAUACCUCGCCUAUCAACUCAUUGACGGCUACAAAUCCGGCAACGCCAACGUAACCACCUUCCUGGACCACUAUGACUUCUACCUUGUCCCCUUCCACAACCCAGAUGGUUUCGUCUACACCCAAACCACCGACCGUCUCUGGCGCAAGAACCGCCAGCCCCGUCCCAGCAUCAACACCACGUGCCUCGGCACAGACGGUAACCGCAACUGGAAGUUCGAAUGGGAUGCCGAGCCCCCAGAGGGCGGCUCAACUCCCGACCCCUGCGGACAGACCUAUCGCGGUCUCGCACCGGGCGACACGCCCGAGAACGCUGCACUCGAUGCGCUUUCCGCACGCCUCGCGAAGCAGGGCGAGGGCAUCCGUUCCUUCAUCGAUUUCCACUCGUACUCGCAGCUCAUCCUGACGCCUUGGGGAUACUCAUGCGACCCGCUCCCUGAGACCAUCGACCGCAUGGUGUAUGUUGCGAAUGGUACGGCGCGCGCCAUCGAGGCCGCGAGUGAAAGGAAUAGCACCUAUCAGGCUGGUCCUGGGUGUCAAAUUUUGUACUUCUCGACUGGAAACUCCAGGGACCAUCAUCAUGCUGUGCAUGGGGCGGAUCAUUCUUGGACCUUGGAGUUGAGCCCUGCGGAUCAGGCGGGGGGCGGGUUUGUGCUGAGUCCGGAUCAGAUUUGGCCGGUUGUUAAAGAGCAGUGGGCUGGGCAAUUGUGGACGCUAAGGGAGGUGUGGGAUGGCGAGACAUAG